UCACUAUUUCACCGUCUCUCCCUGUAACGACCUGACCAAAAACCCUUGGAAUUAGGGUUUUAUUUUUCUCUGCCCCCACCCGCGCCCAUUCGCACCGAAAUCCCCAUCAAAAUCCUCCAAAUCCCUAAUUCAAAUACACAAACCCUAGCCCAAAUUUUAUCCACAAAAGCCAAUGGAGGUGAUCGAACAAAGCAAAGAGAUGAUGGAGCUCGACCCUAAAACCAGCAGCAACAACGUUAUGUGUCAGUUAACGGAUCCAGAGGGGCAGCCUCUCGGAGCUCCGUUAUACCUCCCUCAAACAGCAGGCCCGCCUCAGCUUCAACAGCUUGUGAACCAGCUUCUCUGCAAUGAGGAAAGAUUGCCUUAUGCAUUUUACAUAUCAGAUCAGGAGCUUGUUGUUCAGCUUGGCGAUUACCUUCAGAAGAACAAAGUAUCGGUGGAGAAGGUACUUCGUAUUGUGUACCAACCUCAAGCAAUUUUCAGAAUUCGUCCUGUCAAUCGAUGCUCUGCAACUAUUGCAGGUCAUACAGAAGCUGUACUUUCUGUUUCCUUCAGCCCUGAUGGUAAGCACUUGGCCAGUGGCUCUGGAGAUACCACAGUUCGAUUAUGGGAUCUCACUACACAGACACCUUUGUUCUCAUGCACAGGACAUAAAAAUUGGGUUCUCUAUAUUGCAUGGUCUCCAGAUGGCAAACAUCUAGCAAGUGGUAGCAAAUCUGGAGAACUUUUAACAUGGGACCCACAAACUGGGAAGCAAUCUGGCAAGCCUCUUAUGGGCCACAAGAAGUGGAUUACUGGUAUUUCUUGGGAGCCCGUACAUUUGACAGCUCCAUGUCGUCGUUUUGUUAGUUCCAGUAAGGAUGGAGAUGCCCGUAUCUGGGACAUUACAUUGAGAAGGUGUCUUCAUUGCCUUAGUGGUCACACCAAGACCGUCACCUGUGUGAAGUGGGGUGGUGAUGGAAUGAUAUACACUGGCUCACAGGACUGCACAAUCAAAAUAUGGACUUCCGAAGGAAAGUUGAUCCGUGAGUUGAAGAAUCAUGCACAUUGGGUAAAUUCACUUGCUUUGAGCACUGAAUAUACUCUUCGUACUGGCGCAUUUGAUCAUACUGGACGGACAUAUUCAUCCCCUGAAGAAAUGAAAGAGGCAGCUCUUGCAAAAUACAACAAAAUGAAAGGCAAUGCUCCUGAAAGACUGGUCUCCGGGUCUGAUGAUUUUCAUUUGUAUUUGUGGGAACCUCUCACUAGCAAGCAGCCGAAGGCUCAUUUAACUGGCCACCAACAGCUUGUAAACCAUGUGUACUUCUCCCCAGAUGGGCAAUGGGUGGCGAGUGCUUCAUUUGAUAAAUCUGUUAAGUUGUGGAAUGGGAUUACGGGGAAUUUUGUUGCAUCUUUCAGAGGGCAUGUUGGUCCUGUAUAUCAAAUCAGCUGGUCUGCUGAUAGCAGGCUUCUGUUAAGUGGAAGCAAGGAUUCCACAUUAAAGGUAUGGGAUAUCCGAACAAAAAAACUGAAACAAGACCUUCCAGGCCAUGCAGAUGAGGUUUUUGCUGUGGAUUGGAGUCCUGAUGGUGAGAAAGUAGCAUCCGGAGGCAAGGAUAGGGUGCUCAAGUUAUGGAUGAACUAGCUACUCUGCCCGAUCAAAUGCUAAGCGCACAUAAGUAUGAUUACGAUGUUUAUUAGUACAUAAGAUUCGUGGCUCUGCUGAAAACAUGAUUUACAUCAUUUAGUAUCAACCAUGUUCUAAUUAUUCAAAUGUCAAUGAGAUUGAGUCGAUAUGACUUCUGUGUGUCAUGGAAACAAAUUCUGUGUAUCACGGAAACAAAUUCGUGUAUCAAGUUUGCUUCCCAUCAUAAUGCGGCCGGGUAUAUUGACAUUCUUGUUUACUGAAAAACAUAUCAUUCUAAUA